UCAAUCGUUAAAAUUCACAUCGCCAGACUUUAAACUAGUCUUAAGUUAAGUUAGCAAAAUAUGGAUAUGUCCAAUGCCAAUUCUCUGAACAUGCGACCGCUGUUCACGGGAUACCCCUUCCAAGGCCAGGGCCGGGUUAACCAACUUGGCGGCGUAUUCAUCAACGGUCGACCCCUGCCCAACCACAUACGCCUACGGAUUGUGGAAAUGGCUGCGAAAGGCGUUCGGCCCUGCGUUAUAUCGCGUCAGUUGCGCGUCUCGCACGGUUGUGUUUCGAAAAUCCUGAACCGUUAUCAGGAAACGGGUUCCAUACGCCCGGGCGUAAUUGGUGGCUCGAAGCCAAAAGUGACCUCGCCGGAGAUCGAAGGUCGCAUCGAUGAGCUACGCAAGGAGAACCCUGGCAUAUUCAGCUGGGAAAUACGCGAGAAGCUAAUCAAGGAAGGCUUCACGGAUCCGCCAUCGACCUCAUCGAUCAGUCGGCUAUUGCGAGGAAACGACCGCACCAGUGAAGAUGGGCGAAAGGAUUACACAAUACAUGGCAUAUUGGGCGGUCGCGACUCCGACAUCAGCGACACAGAAUCUGAACCGGGCAUACCGCUGAAGCGCAAGCAGCGCCGCUCGCGCACCACCUUCACCGCCGAGCAGCUGGAAGCACUCGAGCGAGCCUUUGGACGCACCCAAUAUCCGGAUGUGUAUACACGUGAAGAGCUCGCCCAGACCACAGGGCUAACCGAGGCGCGAAUACAGGUUUGGUUCUCCAACAGGCGCGCCCGACUGCGCAAGCACUCCGGUGGCUCCGGAUCGGGCCUGUCCCCCAUGAACGGUGGUGGUGGCGGAGUGGGUGUUGGUGUAGGUGUUGGAGUGGGUGUAGGUGUGGGUGCCAGUGCCGCCAGCGCUCCCCUAGGCUUUGGUCCACUCGGUGUGGGCGUUGGCUCCAUGGCCAGCUACAGUCCAGCCGCCGGCUCCACAGCGAGUGCAGCAGGCAUGAGCGACACCCAUCACACGACCCACACAUCCUCGCAUCACAGUGCGGCCGCGGCGGCCGCAGCAGCUCACCACCACACACAAAUGGGCGGCUAUGAUCUGGUUCAGAGCGCGGCGCAACAUGGCUUCCCCGGCGGCUUUCCCCAGCACGGACAUUUCGGCAGUCAGAACUACUACCACCAAGAUUACUCCAAGCUGACCAUCGAUGACUUCUCCAAGCUAACCGCCGACAGCGUCUCGAAGAUCUCGCCCUCGCUGCAUCUAAGCGAGAACUACUCCAAGCUGGAGUCGCCCUCCAAUUGGUCGCAGGCCGCCUAUCACCUCAAUCAGUCAGCUGUGGCGGCGGCCAACUACAAUCAUGCCGUGGCCCAACAUUCGCUCAACGACUAUGCGGCGGCUGCCCAUGGCAACCAACUGAACAGUGCGGCUGUGGCUGCGGCCGCUUACAAUCACCCACUACCCGCGCAGGGGCAGGCCAAGUAUUGGUCAUGA